CACGGUAGGAUGUUGAAGCUCGCCGCUGCAUUUUCUACCCUUGCCGCCUUCGCGCCAUUCGUGGCCUCUCAGUCUGCUGUCUGGGGUCAGUGCGGUGGCAUCGGUUGGUCCGGCGCUAGCACUUGUGCAUCUGGCUCCGUUUGCACGUAUUCCAAUGCCUACUACUCCCGUAGGUGCACUCUAACUGUCGGCACGGGAAGCGGUGGUGGAGGAACUGCUCCCAGUUCAACUGUCAGCUCCCCCUCCCCCACGGGCUCUGGAGGUCUUCCUGUUGGAACCUCCACCUCGAAGCUUAACACCGUGGCCAAAGCUGCGGGGAAGACCUACUUCGGUACCGCCACCGAUAACUCAGAGUUGACCGACGCAGCAUACACGGCAAUUUUAGACGACAACACCGAAUUUGGUCAGAUCUCGCCGGCGAACAGUUGGAAAUGGGAUGCGACUGAGCCUUCACAGGGAGACUUUACGUUCACACAGGGUGAUGCUAUCUUGAGUCUGGCGAAGGGAAAUGGACAGCUUCUUCGUGGUCACAACUGUGUCUGGUACAACCAACUUCCCAGCUGGGUGAACAGCCUUUCUGGUUCUGCCCUCUCUAGCGCCAUGGUCAACCACUGUACCACCCUCCUCACGCACUACAAGGGUGACACCUACUCCUUCGACAUCGUCAACGAGCCCUUCAACGAUGACGGCACCUGGCGCACAGACGUCUUCUACAACUCCCUCGGCACCUCCUACGUCAACACCGUCCUCACCGCCGCCCGCACUGCCGACCCUUCCACUAAACUCUACAUCAACGAGUACAACCUCGAAUAUCCCUCUGGAAAAUCCGAUUCGAUGCUAUCCCUCGUACAGUCCCUCCAAGCCGCAGACGUCCCCCUUGACGGCAUUGGUUUCCAGGGCCAUUUGAUUGUGGGGCAGGUUCCUACAACGUUCCAGAGUCAGAUGGAGGAGUUCACGGCUUUGGGCUUGGAGGUGGCGAUCACGGAGUUGGAUAUUAGGAUGACGUUGCCGGCGACGGCGGCACUCUAUGAGCAGCAGAAGACGGAUUAUCAGAAUGUGGUUGCUGCUUGCAACGCGAUUGAGAAGUGUGUUGGGAUCACAAUUUGGGACUUCACAGACAAGUACUCGUGGGUGCCCUCAACGUUCCCCGGCUCUGGUGCGGCCCUGCCAUGGGACUCUAACCUCGUCAAGAAGCCCGCUUUCGAUGGUAUCGUCGCCGGAUUCGCCUAA